GAAAACCCCUGGCCCCUGCUGGGCGCUAUGCUCGUUGCUGCUGCCCCUGCCUGGAGUGCGCAACUGUCCAGCCCGCUUGAACGCUCCCCAAAGCCGUCAGUCACCGUCCUUCAGAAUGGCCAACCGUGGACCCGCCUACGGCCUGAGCCGGGAGGUGCAGCAGAAGAUCGAGAAGCAGUACGACGCAGACCUGGAGCAGAUCCUGAUCCAGUGGAUCACCACCCAGUGCCGCAAGGACGUGGGCCGGCCUCAGCCCGGACGCGAGAACUUCCAGAACUGGCUCAAGGACGGCACGGUGCUGUGUGAGCUCAUUAAUGGACUGUACCCCGAGGGGCAGGCCCCAGUAAAGAAGAUCCAGGCUUCUGCCAUGGCCUUCAAGCAGAUGGAGCAAAUCUCUCAGUUCCUGCAAGCAGCCGAACGCUAUGGCAUCAACACCACUGACAUCUUCCAAACUGUGGACCUCUGGGAAGGAAAGAACAUGGCCUGUGUGCAGCGGACGCUGAUGAACCUGGGUGGGCUGGCAGUAGCCCGGAAUGAUGGGCUCUUCUCUGGGGACCCCAAUUGGUUUCCUAAGAAAUCCAAGGAGAACCCCCGGAACUUCUCGGACAACCAGCUGCAGGAGGGCAAGAACGUGAUUGGGCUACAGAUGGGCACCAACCGCGGGGCGUCCCAGGCGGGCAUGACUGGCUACGGGAUGCCGCGCCAGAUCCUCUGAUGCUGCCCCGCCCUGCCCUGCCCUCCCACGAUGGUUAAUAUAUAUGUGUGUAUAUAUUUCAGCAGUGACAUUCCCUGAGAGCCCUCCAGCUCUCCUCUGCCAGGGUGGGGCUCCAGCUUGCCCUGUCCCCUCUAGGGGUGCCUGAUGGUGGCCUCUCUCCCUGUGCUUACUAAUACAUUCCUUUCCCUACACCCACCAGAAACUGGACCAACUGGCCUCUUCUUUUCCCUUGGGACCAAAAUUUGGGGGCACCAACUCCUCUCCCCUUUCCCGCUGGUCUCUCCUGCCCCUGGGCUGGUGCUCUUCUUCCAUUCCUUGGCUAGGAGUCAGCUGCCUUCCGAUGCUGGACUGGCCUCCCUUCCACAAGAAUGCCCCUCCUCCAGCCCUGGCUGCAGGGACUUAAUUUAUAGGGAGGGGCUUGUGACAGCUGCCACCCUGGCCACAGCUGGACUGCGCUCACCACACAUCUGGGGCUGCCUUCCCUGGCAGAAGGCCUCCUGGCUUCUCAUUUUCCAUUCCCCUCACUGUGGCUAAGGGGUGGGGGUGAGAGAGGAGGGAGGGCUGCCCACCCUGGGGCUUGAGGAGGAAGGGUUUGCUGAUUUAAAUAAAGAAUCCCAGUCUGUUUUGGAUGGA